AUGGCACUCGAUCAUGGCCAAGCAACUUCUUCCCUCACGCUUCUCUUGAAAGCCGGUUCGCGAUAUGAGACUAAGCCUGGCAUCGCUCGUGUACUUAAGAACUUUGUCUUCAAGGGCACAACUGAGCGUUCUGCUCUCAGACUGGCUCGUGAAAGUGAACUGUAUGGCGGGAUACUUUCUGCAUCAUUAGGAAGAGAGUAUCUUGCUCUUACGGCAGAGUUCCUUCGAGGUGAUGAGGAACACUUCGUAGAUGUGUUGUCCAGCGUCUUGUCCUCUUCCAAUUUAGCAACCCACGAACUUCGGGAGCUUGUCGGCCCACUUGUUGAUGCUGAAUGCAAUGCUGCAUCUGCAAACCCUACCAUCAUUGCAAUCGACACUGCUCACUCUCUUGCUUUUCGUUCUGGGCUGGGCAAUCCACUCUUCACUACUCAUAGAGGGGAUAUUUCCGUCGAAGACGUGCGCGCAUUCGCAGCGAAAGCGUUCACACAAGAUAAUGUCGCGGUCUUAGGAAAUGGCAUUAGCUCUUCUGUCCUCACGUCCCACAUUCAAAAGGGACUGAGCAAAUUACCAGGCGGGGCCACUACUGCACGGUCUACGACCAAGUAUUUUGGUGGGGAAGCCCGCAUUGAAUCGCCCUCGAGGCCCACACUGUUCAUUGGUUUUGGGACAUCGUCUCCGUUGUCUGCGCUCCCAGUGCUUGCGGCUUACUUGGAGCCCACGCCUUCACUGAAAUGGACCCCAGGGACGUCGCCACUUUCCAAGGUACCGCAGGGCGCUUCUGUAGAGAUUGUGCAUGAAACAUACAGCGACGGGGCAUUGCUUGGAGUACUGGUUCAGGCUCCGACCAUCGCGGCUGCAAAAGAGGCUGGGACAAUCGCUGCCAAGGCUUUGAGAAAUUUGAGCUCCAUUAAUAAGCAGGAACUUCAGAAGGCGAUCUCCAAAGCCAAAUUCAAGGCAGCUAGUGCACUUGAGAGCCGAGAGACGACGGCAGUUGCCAUUGCACCUCAGGUCUUCACUGGAAAAGGCGAUUUAGUUCAAAGCACAUUGAAAGAGCUUGAGAGUAUUGCUGAAAGCGAAGUGAACAAGGCUGCGAGGAGCCUGACGUCCGGUAAGCCGACGUAUGUUGCCAUUGGGAGCGGAGCCUUGCCCUACGCAGACGAACUUGGACUUUGA